AUGUCCUUAAUGUGCUUCCAUUUACAUGCUAGUAUAUGGCUUCACCAAUUCCUAAAGGCUAUGCGAGAUAAAGAAGGCAAUGUACUUAAGAAUGCUCAUAUACUCGGUUUCUUUCGACGAAUUUGUAAACUGUUAUUUUUCAACAUAAAACCUAUCUUUGUCUUUGAUGGAGGCGUGCCAGCGCUUAAACGCCGCACAGUGGCUGAACGUCGUCAAAGGCGCGAAGGAGCAGCCAACAUUGUGCAAAAGACUGCUGAAAAGAUGCUAGCUUCCCAAUUGCGUUUAAGAGCUAUUCAGGAAGUUGAAGGGACAAUAAAUGAUGAGAAGCAAAACAUAGGACAUAUACCUGAUAACGUUGUGUAUUAUGAUGAGAUAAACUUAUCACCACAUCAAAGAUAUAAACAAAAAAAGCAUGAUGAAUACGACUUACCCCCGAUGCAAGAAAGUUUUGAAUCGCUGUCGAAGAAAGAUGAUCUUCGAUUUGCAACAGAGGACGAUCUUAGGAGAUACAUUGAAGACUUUAAGCGCGAUUCCUCUCAGUUGUCACUUCUUGACUUAUUGCUUGUUAUACUCGAUCUGAACCAGACAGAAGACAUUGACAUUGACUCUGAACAUUUCCGAUCACUUCCAAUCGAAACGCAAUACGAAAUCGUUAGUGAGCUACGGUUAAAAAGCCGCCGGACUUCUUGGCAUCGCUUGAAUACCAUGUCGGCUUACCUUGACAAUCAUAAAAACACCGCUCUUGAUUUCUCCAAAUUGCAAAUAGAAAAUCUCGUUCAUAGGAACUCACUUACGCAAAAGCUGUUGGACGUUACUGGUUUGGGAUCUAAUUCAACAAAUGGAAAUCCUGUGAAAAUUGCUUCCGAGCGAAAUAAAGAAUAUAUUUUGAUUAAGAACACAAGCGAUAAGGGGGGUUGGACUAUUGGAAUAAAAGGAAGCAAAGCAGCGGGCACAAAGGCUGAGCCAGUCGAAGUGGAUACGAGUUCAGAUGAAAAAAGUGACGAAUGGGAAGAAGCCGAACAUACUGAUAAACGAACUAGUGAAGUUAUAGAAGUCAUCAGCGACGACGACGGCGGCGGCGGCAAUGACGUUGUAUUGUCAAAGAAAUUGGAUGAAGGCUCACUGGAAGGUGAAGCCACACUUGAGGAGAUCGAUGAUGUCGUAAUAUACGAUAGGGAAAACCUCUUGUUAAAUCCUGUUGCGUAUGUUCAUGAAGACGAAAGUAUUUCAUCGGUCAUGGCUAAGUUUGGACGAUUAGAACAAGACGAUACCCUUUCGCAUACUCACGCUCGGUCAAUCUCGCCCUCGAGUUCACCAGCACCACCCUCGCCUGCUCAAAGUCCGCAAAUUGUGACCUCUAAUAAUUUCGCUUGGUCUCCCGAAGAGCUUGACCUGCCUAUAGAUACCUUUUAUGGCAUUUGGAUCUCGCGUGCACCGAAUUCAUUCACUGCUGAAUAUCCUGAUCAUGAAAUACUAAUACAUGACGCAAUAUACAAAUGGAAUACGGAAGAGCUACAACGUGAACUCAAUAAUGUCACUAAAAAAUCGGGCAAAAUGAAGGAUGGGGAUUGUAAAACGUACGCAUAUUUGUAUUGGGAGUGUCUAUUAAAAGCAAUAAUCGAGCGGCGAAAGAUUGAAAAGGUAGAUAAUUUGGAAGGCGCUGCGAAAGAUACAGAAGAAGCGAUGGUCGAAACCAGUUCAUGGAAAGGCAAAAGUGUCGAUGUAUAUUCUGUCACUCAGGCAAGUGAUGAUGGAGCUUCCAGAAUGAAGCCAAUAAUCCUUGAUGAAUCUGAUGAUGAUAUGGGAGAUUUGCCUUCCCUGUCACAAGGAAAGUCUUUGUUUUCAUCAAAUGCUAUAGAGGUUACGUCUAUAGAAGAAUUUUCUGCGCAAGAGAGCAUGCCAUUCGAUCAUAUCAUAGCUUCUGAUAGUCCGGUCACCAUACCGGAAAUUACGAGGACGUCUUUUGUAGGGAAUUGUAGCGUUGUAGAUAGCUCUAAUGAUAGCGAUAUGGAAGAGGUCGUUACCGAGAUACCACAAUCAACAACAUCCAUCGAAAAAGUACCAUCCAUCGCGACUGUCCAAACUCCAAAUAUGGAAUCACCCUUAACUCGUAACCUUUCAGUCGAGUCACCUUUUUUCACAAAACAGGCUGUAUCCAAUAUAGACUCUGUUGCCACUAUCUCAUCCGCUUCUUCUUCCUCCGAAGAUGAAGGCGACCUUGACAACUAUGCCGCCUCGAAUGACGAAGAAUACUCGAUACCUUCCCGGCUGAACGAAGAAAACACCGAAUUCGCGCGGUUUAUAUCGGAAGUUAAAAAUAAAGACUUGGGUACCGUUCAGCGAGAACUAGACCAUGAAUUACAACAAUUGGAUGAGAAGCAAAGAAGUGAGCGACGAAUUGCCGAUGAUAUCACGCAGACGAUGAUUGAUGAUUGCCAACACUUACUUCGCCUAUUUGGCAUUCCGUAUAUAGUGGCUCCGAUGGAAGCCGAAGCUCAGUGCGCUGAACUAUGUCGGCUUUCGCUCGCGGACGCCAUCGUUAGUGAUGAUUGCGAUGUCUUUCUAUUCGGUGGUAGUCGCGUAUAUAAGAACAUGUUCAAUAAUCACAAAUAUGUCGAAUGUUACCUUGCUUCGGAUAUAGAGCGUGAGUUGCAUUUGGAUAGGGAGAAGUUGAUAAUAAUGGCACUCUUACUGGGAAGUGAUUAUGCGGAAGGAUUACAAGGAGUUGGCGUGGUUACCGCCAUGGAAAUAUUAAACGAGUUCCAAGGAGAAGAUGUGCUAGUUAGUUUUAGGGACUGGUGGAUAGAGGUGCAGAACGGAAGAGAUAAGGGCGGGGUAAAGGAAAGUGAGUUCAAGAGAAAUUUCCGUAAGAAACAGAAGGAUCUCUUCCUGUCCACAGACUUCCCAGAUAGACGCGUAUUUGACGCGUAUAUGCGACCACAAGUAGAUGAUUCAGAAGCGCACUUUGAAUGGGGACUUCCAGAUCUCGAUUCUCUACGAGAUUUUCUUAUGCGCAAUCUUUCGUGGCCAGAAGACAAAGUAGACGCUACUGUCGUUCCAGUCAUUAAGAACAUGACGCUCCAAAAGGACGCAGCAGCGAAAAGGCAUCAGCUAAAGAUCGACGCCUUUCUCACUUCAACUGUUGACGCGCCUACAACAAAGCGUAGGCGUGUUCACCGUAGCAGGCGUAUACAACGAAUUAUCGACCAAUGGAACCAGAAAACAAGCAUGUCCUCCAAAAAUAAUGACGACAGCGACAAUUCUCCCCAAGUUGUCAAAACCUCAUCAUCUGAACUUUCUUCCGAUACAGACAACACUCUCGAUGUAGCAUCUGCGCAAGUACGGAUUAGAAAGAAGAACAAGCCGAUAGGAAAGAUAAGAAAACGGAAAAGGCGGAUGCAUGGAUAA